AGGGAAUUAUAAAGAGCUUGCUUGUGACCUGCCUCUCUGCGACUGAAGGCAGCAGGUUGCUUAAUCAGUGCCCCAGCACAAUUUUAUUUGAUUGUUUCUGCCUCCAUGGACUGAUAACAACAUUUUAUGACAAAUCGCUGCUGGAGAGAAGCGGUCUCAUUCCAAUAUCGCUCCUAUUAUUCUCUCUGUCUCGCUCUUUCCUCACCCUCUUCUCUUAUUUUUUUGCACUCAGCGGCUGAAUGGAUAAAGCUGGGAUGCCUGAGGCUUGUGGCCCCCUGGCAAGCAAUGAACAAAUCACCGAGGCAACAGCACCCAGUUCUAAACUGUUCAGCUGCAGCUGUGUGCGUCGAUGGGUUCCCCUGGCCUACAGAGAGGAGCUCUACCAAGUCCUGCUCCUGACUGGGCCCCUGCUCGUCUCCAGGAUCUUAAACUUUCUACUGCCAUUCGUCAUCACAAUAUUCUGUGGUCACCUAGGAAAUGCUGAAUUGGCUGGAUAUGCCCUGGCUUCUGCGACUCUUAAUGUGACCACAACAGCCACUGGAUGCGGUCUGGCCCUUGCAUGUGACACACUCGUCUCUCAGACAUUUGGCAGUAAGAACCUUAAGCGUGUGGGGGAAAUUCUCCAGAGAAGCAUACUCAUCCUCUUACUCUUCUGUCUGCCAUGCUGGGCCAUACUCAUCAACGCUGAGUCAAUACUCCUCACCCUGAAGCAAGAGCCGGAGGUGGCCAGGAUUGCACAGCUGUAUGUUAUGGCGUUCCUUCCUGCUGUUCCUGCCAUGUUUCUGCACCAUCUGCAGGUGUCUUAUCUGCAAAACCAGGGCAUCAUCCUGCCCCAGAUGUACACUGCAGUGGCUGCCAACAUUUUAAACGUAGCAACAAACUACAUCCUUCUUCACUCAAUGAAGCUGGGAGUGAAGGGCUCUGCUGUAGCCAACAGUUUCUCACAGAUCUCCAUCUGCCUCCUGCUGUUUGCGUACAUACGCUGGAAAAAGCUGCAUGUGAAGACAUGGGAUGGCUGGUCUAGAGCAUCACUGCAGGAGUGGGGCUCUUACAUGAAACUGGCCAUUCCCAGCACUCUCAUGCUAUGUUUUGAGUGGUGGGUCUAUGAGAUCGGAGGUUUCCUUGCAGGAAUGCUCGGAGAAGUGGAUCUUGGUGCUCAACAUGUGUUGCUGGAGGUGGGGGCCAUUACUUACAUGUUUCCAUUAGGUGUGCAUGCAGCCGCUUGUGUGCGUGUGGGAAACGCGCUGGGAGCUGGAGACACUAACAGGGCCCUGAUCACCAGUAAAGUGACUCUCGUGAUCUCCGGAGUUUUGGCUGUUUUACAGGGAAUCGUGAUGGGUUGCUCAAAGUCAGUAGUGGGCUACAUCUUUACCUCUGAUGAGAGCAUAGUGAAGAUUGUCUCAGAAAAUCUCACCCUGUACGUCUUCCUGCAGUUUUUUGAUGCUCUUGUGUGUGUGUGUUCAGGGAUUCUUCUGGGUGCUGGGAAGCAGAAAAUAGCAGCACUGUCCAACUUGAUCUGUUACUACUGCAUUGGGUUACCAGUGGGAAUAUCACUGAUGUUUCUGGCCGAGCUCAGGAUACUUGGUCUGUGGCUUGGUCUCUUGAUUUGUGUCAUUAUUCAAACCUGUUUCUUCACCACUCUCAUCUUCAAGCUCGACUGGAAGAAAGCAACAGAGCAGGCCCUGAAACGUGCAGGCAAACAUGCAAAAGUUGUGUGUGUCCAAAAGGCGCCGUCGAUAGGACAGUCAGUCAUCGAUACACUAGUUUCUGAAGGGGAGGAAAGCGCGCAGCAAACACCUGAUUUUGGGGCUUCAGCAAGUAUACCUGAACCUUGGGAUGACAUAACUGGAAACAAAGCCCAGCUAACAAGUAAUAGCUCUGAAGCGGCUGGCUAUGUACAAGUUAGUACUCAGGAGCAGGGUAAACUAGUGAUGGAGAGUGAAUCUGGAGAAGCUCGACUUAAAGUAUUGCUCUCUACGAACCAGCUUGUGCUUAGACGGGGACUCACACUGUUGACCACCGUCCUGAUCCUGAUAGCUGGAAUAGCUGUGCAUGUAGCUUGUCCUCUUCCAGAAAGUUUUAUUCGACGUCAGAGCAACCUAACAAUGGAUUCAAAGAUUUUUUCCACCCUUAACACAUUCCUCAACACCACAGCAAGCUCACUCUAACUUGAUCCAUCUUACCAAGGCCCCAAUUAAAAAAGAAAAAGAAAAAAAGGUUGGGAUCGUGACUGGGUCAAUCCAUCCAAUCUAUACAAGGAGGACAUAGGCGAAUCAGCCAAAUACCGGCAAAAUGAUAUUCGCAGUAUUAUUUAAGAGAAAAAAAAAUUACAUCUCUGCCAGAUCGUAGGCUUACAGAAGGGGAUUUCUCUGAACGUACAAUAUGGACAAAUUUUCUGGGACAGUCUCCAGCCCAACUGUCUAGGCCAAAAUACAGCUGCAUAAGACUACUGAAAAGAGCAUUACUUAUUGUUCACUAUAUAUUAUUUCAUUUCUUAGUGAACAAAUUUUACAUUUUAAACAAUUUUUUAUAUAUCUGUUUAUAUGAUGCAGAUUAUAAGGUUGUAGUUUUCCUUGUUAAUGUAUUUAUCAUAUCAAAGUAAAGCAAAAAGUAAAAAACUAUUAAAAUCAUUCUUUACCAUUUUCUUUUAGGCAAGCAUUUAAAGCUACACCAUGCAAUUUUUGAUAAAAAAAGAAAAUGAUAAUAAGCAAAUACACUGUCAAAUGCACAUUCACCCGUGCAUGUCACAUCAUAUCCAUA